AUAUAUAUGUGUAAUGGAGAGUACUACUAGGUUUAUUGUGAUAGUUUUAUUAGUAGUAGUGUUGAUUUGUUGUAAUAAUAAUAAAAGUGUGAAUGGUUAUUUUACUUCAUUUGUGUUUGGGGAUUCACUUGUUGAUGCUGGAAACAAUGAUUACCUUUUUACCCUUUCGAAAGCAAAUUUACCUCCUUAUGGUAUUGACUUUAAACCAUCUGGGGGAAAACCCACUGGAAGAUUCACCAAUGGUAGAACCAUAUCCGACAUUGUAGGUGAAGUUCUUGGAGGUAAGUCAUUUCCUCCACCCUAUUUAGCUCCAAAUUCAGAAGAUGAAGCAGUUAAGAGGGGAAUUAAUUAUGCAUCUGGAGCCUCAGGAAUACUCGACCAAACUGGACAAUUAUUUAUUGGAAGAGUUCCAUUGCGUGAACAAGUGAAGUAUUUUGAGGAAACUAAAAUGCAAAUGGUGAAUAAAAUAGGAGACAAUCGUACCAAUAAUUUAUUGAAAAAGGCAAUAUUUUCAAUAACAAUUGGGUCCAAUGAUGUACUCAAUUAUUUCCAACCAUCAAUACCAUUUUUUGGUCAUCAUCACCAUAACAACAUCACUUCACUCAUCUUCCAAGAUUUCAUGUUAUCUAACUUGACUCUACAAUUAAAGAGAUUGCAGGAGUUGGGAGGUAGAAAAUUUGUAGUGGUUGGAAUUGGACCAUUAGGAUGUAUACCAUUUAUUCGAGCCCUUAAUUUAUUGCCAAGUGGAAAAUGUUCUGAAGAAGUGAAUGAAUUGAUUAAAGGGUACAAUAAUAAACUAAAUGGAGUACUUGAUCAGCUUAACAAGGAUUUGGCUCCACAAACUAUCUUUGUCUAUGCAAAUUCCUAUGAUAUCUUCCUCAAUAUUAUUCAAAAUCAUCAACAUUACGGAUUUGAGAACAGAAAUGAUCCAUGUUGUGGAGGAUCGAUUCCACCUUUGAUUUGCUUCAUGAGUAAUAAUAAUAAUAAUAAUAAUAAUAAUAAUAAUAAUAAUAAUGUAAUGUGUGAUGAUCGAAGUAAGUAUGUGUUUUGGGAUGCAUAUCAUCCAACUGAGGCUGCAAAUAUUAUCAUUGCUAAUCAAUUACUCGAUGGAGAUAAUUCCACUACUUUCCCCAUCAAUAUUCGCCACCUUUAUUAUAUAUAAUAAUUAAUAUUAAUUACAACCAUUUUUAAUGUAAUAAAAUCAUCAUUAUUAUAUCCUAAUUAUAUUUAUAAUUAAUUAGUUGUCUCCUGUCAUCACCACC